GAAAUGCUUCAAUGGUAGAACAGAGAUGCUCACUAUAAAGGACUUAGAAUUCUAUAAUGGAAGCCACGCUCUUUCCCUGUUUAUAUUACUUGAAAGUUGAAGCAAGACUAGUGCGUGCUUACGGCCUCGCAUGCGUCGACAAGUGGGCUGCCUGCAGUUUUCAAGGAGCUCCUAAACAAAGAAACAAACAAGAAAAGCAAGUGUCUUGGUCGUCUUUCUUUCUUCUUCUUUUAUAUUUCUCUUGUGGUUGCAGGAGCUUCUCUAUGUGGUCCAUUGGCAUUUUCGCCUGCCUACUUACUUUAAUUCUCUUGCUUUCUUUAAAUUCUCUACCCAUUUCAAAAUAGCAUAUUUUCAUUUCUCAAAAACACAAGAAUAUAUUCUUUGGCCUUUUUCAAAUUCAACAACCAGCGCACACCAUUCAUUCUUUGCUCCACUACAAAGAAAUCAGUUUCCUAUUCCCUUUAAUCUUCUCCUUGUUUUUCGAAAAACAUGCUGGUAUUUUUAACAACUCUAUUAAGGACUUGUAGUGCUGCUCGUGGCUGUUUGCUUGUUUAAUUCUGAAGGUUGAGAAAAAAAGAGACUGGGUGAGAUGGAGCCUGCGUUUCUUGAUGGUGUGAUUAAUAGGUUGCUUGAAGUUAGAGGCAAACCGGGGAAGCAAGUGCAGCUUUAUGAGAGUGAGAUUCGUCAGCUUUGUGUUACCUCCAGGGAGAUUUUCUUGAAGCAGCCCAAUCUUUUAGAACUCGAAGCUCCUAUCAAAAUCUGUGGAGAUAUACACGGACAAUAUUCUGAUCUUCUGAAGCUUUUUGAAUAUGGUGGAUUACCUCCUCGUGCCAACUAUUUAUUCUUAGGGGAUUACGUAGAUCGCGGGAAGCAAAGCUUGGAAACUAUAUGCCUUCUCCUUGCAUAUAAAAUAAAGUAUCCUGAAAACUUUUUCCUGCUGAGGGGAAACCAUGAAUGUGCUUCUGUAAACCGUAUAUAUGGAUUUUAUGAUGAGUGCAAAAGAAGAUUUAAUGUCAGACUCUGGAAAAUAUUUACAGAUUGUUUCAACUGCUUGCCUGUGGCAGCUCUCAUUGAUGAAAAGAUUCUCUGUAUGCAUGGUGGACUUUCUCCUGAACUGUGCAAUUUGGAUCAGAUAAGAAAUAUACAACGACCAACUGUUGUUCCAGAGUCUGGUUUGUUAUGUGAUCUCCUCUGGUCCGAUCCUAGUCAAGACAUUCAAGGUUGGGGGAUAAAUGAAAGGGGUGUUUCAUAUACAUUUGGUGCUGAUAGAGUGAUAGAGUUUCUGCAGAAGCAUGAUCUUGAUUUGAUAUGUCGAGCCCAUCAGGUUGUGGAAAAUGGAUAUGAGUUUUUUGCAAAUAGACGACUUGUAACAAUAUUUUCAGCUCCUAAUUAUUGUGGAGAAUUUGACAACGCUGGUGCCAUGAUGAGUGUGGAUGAGAAUUUAUUGUGUUCAUUCCAAAUAUUGAAACCUGUUGAUAAGAAGACAAAGUUUGGUUUUUGGAGCAUGGCUGCUUCUAGGCCUGGCCACGGUCCAACUAAAAUCGAGGUAUGUCUCAUUCCUUACUGCUCCAAAUAUAUAGAUUUUUAGAAGCUCUUCAAUUUUACUUGCCACAUAAAGUUACUUAGAGAAUUGGUUUUGCAUGAAACUUAGUCAUUGUCAUUUGUUAGUGUGGAUCUAAAUGGAGAGCACCAGUAUAAAAUAAAUGGGUCAAUUGCAUCCCUUCAGUCUGUGCAAUCACCCCACCCUUUUUUCACCUUUUUUCCAUUUUUCCUUUUCUUUUUCUUCCCUUAAAAUUGAAGAACAAGGAUAGAAGGCUUCUAAUUAAAUAUAGCUUAGUGGCUUGCAGUUUGUAACAUGAAUAAAUUUUUUCUUGUCAUUGAAAUCAGCCCUGAGAGGUGAUGGGUACUGAAUCGAUUCUGAUAGUUUAUUUUCCAAAUAAUGCUUCUGUCUUGCUCAUCAUUCAUUCAUUCAUUCAUAUAUAUACUCUAGGUUAGAAGGUUAAAGUCUAGGAUGUCCAUGCCAGUUUCUAUAUAAAAGCUGAAACAUUAAGCACAGGAAACAUGUAAGUCAUUUAUCUAAUAUUGUCUGAGUAACAUGGUGCUUUACCACUGGUUACUUAUUUUUUUCCAUAAACAUCACCAAGAUUAAGAAAGCAGUCUUUUCCAUGCAUAUAAUCAUGUCAACAAAAUAUAAGCCAAUAUCCAUGUCAUACUCAGUUUGACACAUAAAUACAUGACGUAUGUAUUCGUGUAAGCAUCCUCAAACAUAGCUCAUUCUUUCUUAUGAAUUUUGGUCCUCAUUUCCUCCUGAAUUUCUCUGCCACUAAAAAUCUUCAGUUGGCAGUUCUGAUGCAUUGCUGUGUAUAGUUAAUACAUGAACUGCUUUCUUCAUACUGCAUUCUCUUAAUUCCUUUAUUUCCCUUCACAGCAUGUCAACAUCUGAUUCUUUCCAGUUCCCACCAUGCCACCACACUGUGUGAUGCAACUAAUUAUUGGUCCAGUUGCAUAUUUAGAUUCACCUUGAAAGAUUCCUUUCAUUGUUUUUUUUUUCCUUUCCAUUCUUCUUUGCAAUGUUUCAUUCUGUUUUUCUUUUAGUUUGUGUUGGAUUUUUGGUAAGAAUUCUAAAGUUGCUUUCCUACAUUGUGAUGUUCUCACUCUCCUAGUCCCUUGUGUCUUGAAUUGAAAUUCAAUGUAUAUAAAUGCAUUUUCUUUGUUUCAUCACUCCUAUGCUUUCUUUUUUUUUUUGGUUUACAAAGGAAGAGUGAAGGGGAGACUUCAUAAACUUGAGUUGGAGACGCACUUACUACCGGACUAAGCCUUCGGGUGUCACUCUUGACUUGUUUUUAAUUGCGUGCACAAGAUUUUCUUAAUAAUGUAUCCCAUUUUCCUUUUCUCAGUCGCUUUUAAAAGUGUAAGGAAUCUGAUCCCGUGGAGUGAUAUAUGAAGGAGCCAGCUGCCCUGGACAGUGACACGCAGAACAUUGCCAGUGUACCAAUCUAGGAAGAUCGUAGAUGGGCAACUUGGUUUAGGUAAAGAUAAUAUAGAGAAGUUCCUCCAUGAAAAUUUUAGGAGGCUGUAAUCUCUAUGGUUUGUUCAAUAUAGUUUGCCUGUUGCAACUCUGUUAUCAUCAUAUAAUAAUCAGAACAGAGUGAUUCAGUUCUCUGAUUCCCCUAA